AUGGCCGGUCGGGACUUUGACGACAGCCCGUCGGCUCCAGUAAAUGUCACAGUCAAACACCUGAAAGCCAACUCAGCCGUUGUGACUUGGGAUGUUCUGGAAGAUGAAGUUGUCAUUGGAUUUGCAAUUUCCCAACAGAAGAAGGACGUGCGGAUGCUGCGCUUCAUCCAGGAGGUGAACACCACCACCCGCUCCUGUGCCCUCUGGGACCUAGAGGAGGACACUGAGUACAUUGUGCAUGUCCAGUCCAUCAGCAUUCAAGGCCAGAGCCCUGCCAGUGAGCCAGUCCUCUUCAAGACCCCCAGGGAAGCUGAGAAACUAGCCUCUAAAAAUAAAGAUGAGGUGACAAUGAAGGAGAUGGCGAAGAAAAACCAACAGCUGCGAGCGGGGGAAAUUCUCAUCAUUGUUGUGGUGUUGUUUAUGUGGGCAGGGGUGAUCGCCCUGUUUUGCAGACAGUACGAUAUCAUCAAAGAUAAUGAGCCAAAUAACAGCAAGGAGAAAGUCAAGAGCGCCUCGGAGAACAGCACUCCCGAGCACCAGAGCGGAGGGCUCCUCCGCAGCAAGUUCCCAAAAAACAAGCCCUCAGUGAAUAUCAUUGAAGCGUGACAGCCUGCCACCUGAUAGAUGGACUCCAUUCCUCACUCUCACUUUCUGCCUCUGAGCCUUGAUGACUAGGGAGGUGAAAUAUUGUUGGAGCCAUUUGGAAAGAGACCUAGUGAUUGUCACUCGCUGGCAUACACCUCCUUGUCUGUGUUCUGCAAAACAUCUGGCCAGAAAGAAAAAUCCUGCAAAAAACCCUGAAACCCAAACAAUGAAGAUGGAAAAGCACCAGUGAGACAGCUGCUGCCGGUGAUCCUGUACUGGACUCAUGAAUCACCUGGGCUGGAGCAACUUCUCACGCACUCCUCUCC